CUCUUUUUUUCUUUUCUCAAAAGUUUGAAUUCAUUUUUAUGCAAUGGCAAAUAAUGACUUUGGAAAUCCGUUAAAGAAAUUCAAACUAGUCUUCCUUGGUGAACAAAGUGUUGGUAAGACUUCCUUGAUUACUAGGUUCAUGUAUGAUACUUUUGACAAUACUUAUCAGGCCACCAUUGGUAUCGACUUUUUGUCAAAAACAAUGUAUAUGAGUAACAGAACAUUACGACUACAGUUAUGGGAUACUGCUGGUCAGGAACGCUUUCGCUCACUUAUUCCAAGUUAUAUUCGCGAUUCAUCAGUUUGUGUAGUUGUAUAUGAUAUCACAAGUAGGGCUUCUUUUAUCAACACAUCAAAGUGGAUCGAUGAUGUACGAGCUGAACGAGGAAUGGAUGUGAUCAUUGUAUUAGUGGGUAACAAGACAGAUUUGAAUGAUAAACGACAAGUAUCUGUGGAAGAAGGGGACAACAAGGCGAAGGAAUAUAAUAUUAUGUUUAUUGAAACAAGUGCAAAGGCUGGAUACAAUGUCAAGACUCUAUUCAGAAAAAUAGGUGGUGCAUUACCAGGAAUUGAAAAUGAACUGAAUGAGGAACAAACAGAUCAGUUAACCAAAGUGGAUCUGUCGGAUACAACAGCAAAUAGAGUAGAAAGUAGUUAUUGUUCAUGCUAGUUAAUAUACAUCCCCCCUCUUUUACUAUAUCAUUUUAUUUUUAUCCAUCUAUAUAUAUAUUAUUUUCUUUUUUUUACCCUAUAACACUUACAUGAUUUUUCUUCAACAUUCAACAUAUUCUUUAUAUUGACAAUCUCCCCCUAUUUUCGUUUUAUUUCAAUUAACUUCAAAUAAAUAUAUACUAUAUAUAUAAAUACAAUACUAUUCUAUACUAUUUUUUUUUUUUUUUACUUUGUACUAAACUUGAUGAAUA